UAAAUUCAUAAAGAAACCCUUUAUCUGUCAAAAUGAAAAUUGAUCGAAAUAGAUUGAGGAAAUAUACAUCAGAAGCGCCUGCAAAAUGUCAGGCGCUUAUAAACAAGUUGCGCUCAUGCUCCCAUGCAGAAUUGCUGGAGGAGCUGAAGCAGAUAGAUGCAUGGACUUUUGGUAAAUGUGAACUAUUUCAUUGGAUUGAUGUGUUGGAUCUUAGUGAUAGUAUUUUGGAAGAAGCUGCAGCUAAAAGUCCAGAUAAUCCAUGGGAAUUAGCCUGUGAUCUCCCUCAAAAUAGAGAGGCAAAGGAACUUCUCCUUUGGGUUCUUCACCUUACAACAUUAUUGAUUGAACAUUCAUACUCUAGACAUUUGUACAACAGUAUGGAGCAUUUGGUGACAUUGUUGUCAAGUUGUGACAUGAAUGUUGUUCUUGGUGUAUUAAGUAUUCUCUACAUGUUUAGCAAGCGCAGCAAUUUUAUUGCACGUCUGAACAGUGACAAGAGGCAAGCUUUAUUAAGUAGGCUUACUCUUUUAGCAGAGAGUUGGGGUGGUAAGGAGAAUGGAUUUGGUUUAGCAGAAUGUUGUAAAGAAUAUCCAGAUAAGCCACUUCCUGCAAGUGCCACAACGUUGCAUUUUGAAUUUUACGCAGAAAAUCCCACAACAGAUGCGACCACUGCAGCAAAUACUGGCACAAAGAAAUCUGGACAAACAAAUUUUGUAACAUAUAUACACAUCGAAAAUGUGGAUAAAUUGGGUAAAACUCCAGCACAAAUUAUGAAUGAUUUGUUGAAAGUCUAUAAUGUACCCCAAGACCGACAGAUUGCGUUAUUCACACAUAUAAGACUGGCACACAGUUUCUCCGAUUAUCGAAGACGAUUGCAAUGUGUGCACGCUCGGCUGCAAGCAUUAUCGAUACUUGUAUAUAAUAGCGAACUUGAAGAAAAUGCACAUAGUUUGCUGCAUCCUGGGCUUUUAGAGGAAUUAGUCGAAUUACUAGAACUUCCACACGCACAUCUUGUUGAAAUACGCGCAGCUGCACUGCGUACUCUCACUAGUAUCAUUCACUUGGAUCGUAAUCCACAUUUUCCGAAAAAACCUAACUCAAGGUUAAACAUGAUCAUUGACGUAACCGGAGCAAACUCAUAUCACGGAUUUUUUCCUGUUCUAAUUCGUACUUGCAUCUCAACGUUGAUUUCCCCUCAACCUGAAGGACAACCUUUUCCUCUGUCGCUUGCUACAGCCUUGUUCAGCUUUCUUUAUCAUCUUUCAAGUUACGAAGCAGGUAGCGAAGCUCUCGUCAGUUGUGGAAUGAUGGAGAGCCUGUUGAAAAUUAUAAAUUGGCCUGGUAGCGAGUUCGAACAUUUAACGUUCGUAACGAGGGCAGUUCGCGUGAUAGAUUUAAUAACAAACAUAGAUAUGCAAGGAUUCCAAGCUCACGGUGGUCUAGCGAGCUUCAUCAAUCGCCUCGACAUGGAAGUAAACGUUUGCAGAAAGGAACAACCCUUCGAGAUAGAGCCAAUGCAUUAUCAAGACAACUCACAGGCAACUCGCGAGAGAUCCAUGGAUCGAGACGAGAAUUCUGCGUCGUCGCGUGCCUUUGACGAACGCGAGGAAUCGUCCAACCCCAUGGAAUUCUCAGAAGACGAGAACAUGAGCUCUAAAGCGGAUGAGAAACCAGAGCAAAUGCCAGACUAUUCAGCCGUAAAGACUGGCAAAACCUGUCUGCCGCAGCGAGUCACGCUCUUGAAAGCGUUGUUAAAUUUUAUCAAGAAAAUCAUUCAAGAGCCGACAUUCUCUGAUAGCAUUAGACACGUUAUGGAGGGUACUCUACCUUCCUCUCUGAGGCACAUUAUAAGCAAUUCAGAAUAUUACGGCCCCUCUCUAUUUCUUAUUGCAACUGAUGUCGUAACGGUGUACGUUUUCCAAGAACCAUCCUUAUUGUCAUCUCUGCAGGACAAUGGAUUAACUGAUCUAGUACUGCACGCUCUGCUCAUCAAGGAGAUUCCUGCUAGCAGAGAGGUUCUAGGAUCCUUGCCCAACGUGUUCAGCGCUCUGUGCUUGAAUCAACGUGGACUGGAGUCGUUCGUGAAGCGACGUCCCUUUGAACGCCUGUUCAAAGUACUACUGUCACCGAUUUAUCUCCCUGCAAUGAAUCGACGUCGCAGUACAGAUCCACUGGGCGACACAGCCUCAAAUCUAGGCAACGCAAUGGACGAGCUAAUGAGACAUCAACCAAGCUUAAAAGUAGACGCAAUCGCUGCUGUCAUCAAAUUAUUGGAGGAGCUCUGCGUACUGGGUUGCGAUCCCCGUUACAUAUGCCUACAGGCUGAGGACAAAUUCGACAAUUCUCAAUCCAACACGAGCUCCGGUAAUCGUCAAUCCUCCGGACAGUCUGUUGGUGUUGGAGUCGGAGAUUCUGGUGGAGGAGGAGGUGGUGGAAGUGGGAGCAGCAGUGAUGAGGAAGAGGAGGACGAAGAGGAGGCUAGUACUAGCUCUCAUCCUCAGCGCGAGGAGCAGUGCUCGUCGUCCUCUGCUCAGCCUGUUCCAGCACCUCAGCCAAGAGAGAAAACUCCAAUUGCAUUGAUGGAAUACAUACAGAAUGUCACGAAAUUCGUUGACGCCAUUCUCAGCAACAAUUCAACGGAUGACCAUUGCAGAGAAUUUGUUGCUCAGAAGGGUCUGGUGCCCCUGUUAUCAAUCCUAGGUUUGCCCAACCUUCCAGUAGACCAUUCAGUUUCCCAAACAGCUCAAGCUGUGGCCACUGUUUGCAAGAGCAUCUUAAACCUGGCGCAUGAACCGCAGGUACUGAAGACUGGCUUGUCUCAGUUGAACGAAGUUCUGAAUUUGUUGAAACCGCUGUACAGCUACAUGGAGGCACCUGGAGGUUCUGUUUUGUUGCACGAGCUCGUUUCCGCACCCAAUUUGGAGACAGCCUUUACCAGCGAUACAGCAACGCCUCUGCUCCAUGCUAUGAAUGCUGCUUAUGGUUACAUAAUAAUGUUUGCCCAAGUCUGUCGCACUAGCCAAAGCGAGAUCAGAAAUUUGGCUAUGAAUCAUUGGGGAUCAGAGUUAGGUUUGACUGUCUUGAAAGGACUUUCAGAGCUAUAUACAGCAUUAAUGUGGGAGAGCACAGCCUUGCUGGCUCUUACGACAGACGAUUUUAUCCCAACUGGUUGUGACUUUGGAAAGGAGGAUAUGGAUAAGCUGAUACGUCCAGAGUCAAAGAAUGAGGGCGAAAGUUCUGGUUGGUCUGGCGCUGCAUCCUCAGAUAUGGGAAGCAAUGGAAUGACCACAGCCAUGGAGGCUUUGAGUACUGAUCCACCACCUGUACCCAUGGAGGUGGACGAGAAACCAGCUGUUAGUACCGGAAGAGUAUCUCCAAAUUCUCAUCGAGUUACUUAUCCUAAACAAUUGCUGGUCCUGACAUCUAAAAUGGGUAGAGCAUUGGCAGAACUGUUUGCCAUACUCGUGAAGCUCUGCAUGGGCUCUCCUAUCAGACAACGCAGAGGGCAGCAAAUGCCACCGAUACCAGCACUUCCUUCACAAGCAUCUAGAAGCGUGGCUACUGCUUUAAAUUGCGUAUUGAUUCGCGGAUUAUCGUGGGACAAAUUGCCUCCAUCGACCGUGCCUAAGCUUCAAGUGACCUUUUUGAUGUGCACGCUGAGCUUCGUGUCUCCUGCAUUGUUCGACGAGAAGGGAUAUCCGUUUCAUUUGAUGCUUCAAAAGUUUGUUAAGUUGGGCGGGCAAAAUGCAUUUUUCGCUGCUUUUCAUUGGGUGUUAUCCGGAGGAGGACAAUUUCCAUUAUCGAUGGGAUUAGAACACCACAAUCUUCCUGAUUGUACAGGAGAAUUCUUGGAUGGUUGGCUGGUGAUCCUGGAAAAAAUGGUGAAUCCAAAAACCCUCCUAGAUUCACCUUACGCCGUGUCCUCGAAAUGCAGUGGAAUGUACAAGGUGUACGAAACAUUCGACCCUAUAAAAUAUCUCACGGAAAUUCAUAAGGAAGCUUUCGAGGCGGUGAUGUUGAUGUGGGGGAAGAAACCUUUGAAGAACUAUGGAGUUCAUAUGACAGAACUAAUUUUAUCAAUCUUACGACAUAUUCUACGUAGUGAGCAAAUCAUUAAGGAGGACGCUGAGAAGGAAGAGAAGAAUGAGGGUGGUAUCGGUGGUAGCAGCAGUAGUACCAGUGGCAUUGGAAGAGGCGGAGCGAUAGCCGAUCGUAGAGAAGAACCGGAAGCAGACGUGAAUCCGGAGCAUCUCAGACAGUUGAUGGACAUGGGUUUCAGUAGAGCUCAUUGCAUAGAAGCUUUGCUUCACACGUUAUCGGUUGAACAGGCUACGGAUUAUUUAUUGAGUAAUCCUGCUACACUGCGUAGAUCAGACGUUCCAGCGGGUGAUGCUAGCGGUCAGGACUUGAUAAUGGACUUGGAAUUAGUAGACGACGAUCAAAUAAUGCAUGCGAUAGCGAUGUCUCUUGGAGAAACAGAAACGCGAAAGGUGUUCACCUGGGAAGAGCCUGCUCGUGAAACCACUAUCACAGAGAGCAUAGACGAGUUCACACAUAACGCUCUCAGCCAGUGCUUGAAUUUGCUCGACUUGAUGCCUGACACUGUGUACAGAAUUUGCGACCUACUAGUCGCCAUUGCUAAAAGAAACGGAGAUGGAUGGCGUGACAACAUGCUGCGGCAGCUUAUGAAGGAAAUUGGUAACUUGGUAGAUUAUUUAAUCGAGGUAGCAGAGAGCCAGGAUCUGAAUGCUGGUGCAAAAUUGGUUGAGUGUAAGGAAGCUAAUAAAGUCACUGGGCGUAUCUAUCUGUACACCAUGUUCUUCGAGGGAACGUUUCAAGAAAUGCGAGUACCUUGCGCCCAGAUUGUCGAAGAGUUCGCCAUCUUGCAUAAACUCGUGCGUUUAUUAGUGGUGAGCGAGGGUCCACUAACAGCCAAUAAAAAUAAGAUCGCGAAAGAGGGUAACGGCAAGGAUACGCCAUCUGCAAAAACUCCAAAAUGGUUGGCCCCGUUGUUGUUACUGGUAGAACGUUUGGAGAAGGUGGCGAUACUGACGAAGAGGAAAGAAUUAAUGUACAAGGUCACGACGAGGAUGUGGAAGUGGUUUGACUUGAGCACAGGAAAAUGGAACUUGUAUUCGCCGGUGAACAACCGGACAAUUAACGAUGCGUACUGGACCGGCGAAUCUAGUAUCAGAGUGACGUGCAAUAGACGAAGAUACGUGAUCAACUUCUCCUGCAUGACACAGGUGAACGAAGAAAGCGGCAACAGAAGACCCAUCACGAUGGGCUUUAAGCUGCAUAUUGGAACCGGGGAUGGUGGUUCUGGUUCCGACACGAAUAUGGACACCGACGAGAACCGAGUAGAGGAUAAACGAAACACUGUUAUACAAGGACUAGAUUCAAGUAUGGCACCAGGAAUCAUACGCGCCUGCGUGAAAUUGAUGGCUAUUCCGGUGGAUAGAGAUGCUCUGCAGGCUUCUAUGAAAGUCUGCCUUAGGCUUACCAGAGAUUAUGAGAAUGCUGAGAUAUUCGUUCGCGAGGGUGGCGUGAAGCUUCUUUUAGAGAUGGCUCAAGCGAGCAGUUUCAUUGGAUGCAUAAACCUGAGCACACUUCUGAUACGGCAUACUUUAGAGGAGCCGUGUACUCUUCGAUUAGCUAUGGAGAAGGUGAUUCGAAGCCGUUCUCAAGGCAACAUACCUCCAGCCUGCAAGGAAAUUCUAUUUAUGACCCGUCAAAUCAACAGCGCUGUUUGUCGUAACCCUGAAGUUUAUAGGGAAGUUUGUGAGAAUAUUCUGAGAGUCGAUAUCAGUCUAUUGAGUAAAGAGGACAGUGAUAAUAGGUUGAUCGUGAAGGCCGUACCUUCGAAUCAUUCUUUAGUCCUACCAAUGGUGGAGGAAGCCUCUAUAUCUGUGGUGAAAGAUCUUUUGAACGCAUUGAUAAAACCUAUGCCAAUUAUCCCCGACGAGAAAUCCUCUACACCAACCAGAAGCGUUCUCAGAAAUAAUGCAACAACAACAAGUGACACUCUCGACGACGACGAUCAAGUAUCUCAAAUUAUACCCAUGAAAAUCUAUCCAGAGACUAGUAACAACACGAAGGUAGAACCAGAAGAGGCAAAGAAACCUUUGUUAGCGAAAUCUGCUAUUCUGAAAAUACUUGCUGAAGCCGUUCGCUCAUACAGCGCAGUGGCAAGUUUGAUCACAGAACAUGUGUAUCGUGCAGGGCAAAGUGAAAUGGUAGCAGAGGACACAACAGCUCUUGCUUUCCUUCUAGACAAGCUUCUGCCAAUGCUACCAGAGAAUUCAAGUGACAGACAGUGCAGCAGUAUGGCCAGAAUGUUGAUAGCUGCUAUUGCCUCCUGCAACCAUUCUCCGGAUGUUCAAACUACUCUGGUGACUGAAGUGAAAGCAGCUUUGACCAGAACUCUUGCUCUUCCUGAAAGCUCAGAGAAACAUGCACAACUUCAAUUACUAGUUGGUUUGAUCUCCACAAUGAUAGACAGCUGUCCACCAACCUCUCAUAAUCAGCUGAGGACCUCUCUGAAGAUGCAUCAAUACAACAAUGUCAACUACAUAGUGAGAAUUAUGCUGAGGAAAGGGAUAAUCACAGAUUUGGCUAAGAUUCCUCACAGUUUGGACCUGUCCAGUCCAAACAUGGCUGGAACCAUUAACGCGGCUUUGAAGCCGUUGGAAACACUUUCACGGAUUAUAAAUCAACCGAUGCCUGGUGCUGUCAAUAAUAAAUUUUCCAAGCCGAAAAGUAGGACGGUUCAAGAGGAGCCUAUUGGAGAACAAACAGGAACCACGACGUCAGAAGCGACACACGCAGUCGGCGAGGAGACAAACGAGGACGCAGAGAACACAGAACACGACAUAUCUGUAACCGCAGAGAGUCUGGAGCCAACUUCAGAAAGUCAAGUGCACGAAGAAGGGGACGAAGCUGCUCUAGAAGACAUCAUGGAUCAGCUUCUCGAAAGGGACGGGCCAGGCGUGACGGAAGAUCAGUCUUCUCGACCGCAUAGGCCAAUGGAUAUUGAUGAAGAGAGUCUUGCGAUACGUGACGGAGAAGCUGACUUCGACCCAACGCGAGACGCCACGAUAAGAGAUGAUUUGAUGAGUUCUGAUUCAGACUCUGACAGUAAUCCAUCCGACGAUAACGAGGAUGAAGUGCAAGAUGAUGAGGAUGAAGAGGAGGAGGAAGAAGAUGAUGGAGAAGAAAACGAAGAAGAAGAAGAAGAAGAGGAAGAAGGAUCCUCAAAUUAUGAGGAGGAUGGAAUAGAAUUUUACGAAGACGUAGGUGAAACUGGCGUAUUCCGAAUGAUUCCAUCAACUGAUCGCGACGGUAGCAAUGUCGUGAUGAUUCGACAUAAUAUCGAUAAUCAGGACAACGUGAACUCCUCUACUACGGUCACGCCGCGAUCUAGUCUUCCAUGGAGCACAACGUUUCCUCUACCUCUGGGUCUGUUCGAAGAUCCUCCCUCAAUUUCUGAAAGUAGUGGUAUUAAUACCCAUUCGUUGGUUAUAUCACAAAGCGGUUUGGACGCUACUAAUUCAAGGGCUCAGAGAGCUGUUCGACCACGAAGAUAUCAAUACCUUCAUUUACCAAAUCCACGAAAUCCGAAUCCACCAAUGAUAUUGCAAAGACUUUUAGGUCCGGCUACACAAGCAAUUCCAUUGUCUGCUAGUCAGGUUUUGGCUUCGAGUUUCCGUGAUACACGAGUUGUUGUAAUGGACAACGGCGUUGGAAUAUUAACAAACCCGGAAGAAGAACAAAUAGACUUUGUGGAUCAGUCUGGAUAUUUGUUCGGAUCAAGUCUUGCAAAUACAAUGAAUAAUACUCCAACUGCGUUACAUUGGUGGAUUGAAGAGAGUAAAUUAUUGGAUGGAGAUUCUCAGACAGAUUGCUGUGUUGGUGUUGUACAUAAAUUAAUUCCCGGACUGGAGAAACACAGGAACGCUGAAUUGGCGGAACGUCGAGAGAGACCUGGUUCAUCUAUGGGAGAACAAAGAUCGACAGCCUCAACAUCACGAAGAGAAUUUCGAUUCGUUAUCACAAAUCGACCGGAUACAGGGAUUGAUGGAGAUAUGAUCCAUCUACCUGCGAUCGCAGAUGAAGAGCGACCUCCACCUCCACCACCGGAAGAACAACCAUCUGAACCCAGAGAUCCUCGAGACCCAAUGGAAGAAGUAAUGAGAGAAAUUGAUUCAGCUGAUUGGUUCAGAACAAUGUUCAUGGAUAACAGUCGAUCAAACGUUGAACGGAACGCGAAUAUCUUGAAUCAAGGAUCUACAAUUUCCGCAUCAGAAAGUGUUAACCCAGAAACUCCAGAACAACAACAACAGCCGCAGCAAGAAGAGCAGCAGCAGCCACAACAACAACCAGCACCACCGCCACAACAACAACCACAGCAACAGCAACCAGAACAACUAGAACAACCGCAACAAUCACAAGAACAACCACAGCAACAAAAUCAGCAGUCUCAGGAACAACAAUUACCGGAUGGAGUGGAUCCGUCCUUCUUAGCUGCAUUGCCGGAAGAUAUGCGAGACGAAGUUAUAGCUGAACACAUUAGACUUCAACGAAUUCGACAACGAGCACAGACAACCGUGGUUGAGGAAUUAACAGGUCCGGUUGAGGUUAAUCCUGAAUUUUUAGCUGCUUUACCUCCAGCUAUACAAGAAGAGGUUCUCGCGCAGCAACGUUUAGAACAACAACGACAUGCAGCUGCAAGCGCCAAUCCGGAAGACCCAGUCGACGCUGCUGCGUUCUUCCAGAAUUUGCAACCUUCCCUCCGACAAGCGAUUUUAACUGAUAUGGAAGAGUCCCAGAUAUCCGUUCUUCCACCUGAUCUAGCCCAAGAGGCUCAGAACCUUAGACGAGAAUGGGAAGCUCGAAAUCGACACAUAAUGCAAGAUCGGUUUCUUAAUCAUGUUAGCCAAGGAAAUACUACUUUGUCCAGUAUAUUGAGGAACUCUGGUAGAGGUAGAGGUGGUGGUACGCGUUAUGCGAUUCACACAGUAGCACAAGGAGGUUGGCAACCAUGGAGUACACGUGGUGAUCCUAGUAUAGCACAUCACGGGGCAGGUUUAAGACUCAGAGGCAGGCAGUUGUUGGAUCAUGAAUCGAUGGCUUGCGUAUUGGUAUUACUGUUUGUUGAUGAACCAAAAAUUAAUACGUUAAGGCUUCAUAGAGUUAUCAGGAAUCUUUGCUAUCACGGUAGCACAAGGGAAUGGGUAGUUAGAGCCUUACUGAGUAUCAUGGAAAGAAGUAACGAUGAGAACAAAGAUAUAGCCAUGGAUUUUUGCGGAAAAUUCAGAAGGAAAAGCUUGGUGCCCAUGAUGCAUCACGAUUACUGUGCCCCAAAAAUUUUUGACCAAAGAAGCAAUGCGCAAUCGUGGUUAAACAUCAGUAUUGAUGCUGCACUUGGAUGUAGAGCAAACGUUUUUCACAUUGUUAGACACGGUGGCAAGAAAUCAGAAAGGCAAGGUAGUAGUAUCGCUAUUCACCCACAAGCAGCACCUACAGUAUGCAGACAUACACUGGAGUUACUAAUAUCGCUGGCUAAAGGUUUCCCUGGAUACUUUGUACCAAUUAAGUCUAAAGAAUUAGAGGACAAAGAGAUUAGCAAAGAGAUUAGCAAAGACAAAGACUCGUGUAACAAAGAGGAUACCGGUUCGAAGGGUAAAUCCGCAUCGAAACCGGGAAAGAGCGAUCAACCAGACUUGUGGGACAUGUUGUUAAAACUGGACUCGUGUGCCUCGAAGAAAGGAAAAUCAGUUGCCAGAUCCCACUCGAAUUCGAACCUAGGAAACGACUCUGAGCAUAAUACGACUACCUUUGAGUCGUCCGCGUUUGGUCAAUUGAUUUCGAUGCUGAACUGGUCCGUCAUCAAACGCAGCAGCCAGUUAACAGACAAACUAUUGAGAUUGUUGUCCCUGAUCUCGAUCGGGCUGACAGAAGUGAAUCCGUAUCGUAGACAAGAAGGAAAUAAGAACAAGAGGACAGAUGUGAACAAAGAACAAAGUGUCGCUGCGCCAGAGGAGCAUCUUAAAUUGGCUGUACAAGUAUUAACCAGCAAGAGUUGUUCCGAGGAGGGGCUUGAGGAUGCAACAGCUUUGCUGCUUAACUUAUCUCAUUGUCCUGAUCCCACGAGACAAUUGAUACUAAAAUUACUCUUGGAAGGUGCCAUGGAACUCGCUAACGUUGUUUGCGAACACAUCAAGGAUUUACUGAUGGAAUUAAAGGUUUUGAAUCGUGAACUGAGACGAAAUUCUAUCGAAGAACAACCUUCGACGAGUUCUGGAGGUUCUCGUGGAAUUCUUUUAGAUAGGUUUACAAACGAGAGUGUAGUCGUUACUGCGCCAAGUAAAGUCAAAGCUGGAAGCGAUCUUCAGUUACCAUCCAUGGCUGCCCUUGUUAGCAAAACUUCUAGUCAGGCAUUCUUCUUAAGAAUACUUAAGGUGAUUGUACAAAUAAGAGAAGCUGUACGUUUAGCAAACAAUAAGAAAACAUCCAAUCAAAGUUCAGAAAGUUCUGUAGAUACUGGAAAUACUAACCAAGCUUCAGAAUCAGGUAAUUUGUGGUUCCAUAUUUGUACAAAUAUAUAAUUCGUAUAUUCAUUUCAUUUUUUUUGUUUUUGUUUUUUUACAGGCGAAGAAAAGCUUCCAUUAUUAAGCGAAAGCUUAGUACUGGAUCAUUUGUGGGAGACACUCAGUGCUUGUUUAUUGGAAUUAGAAUAUACUCCAGAUCAGCAUGCAGUCUUAGUGUUGCAGCCUGCAGUAGAAGCAUUUUUCCUGGUACAUUCAUCAUCGAGUACCUCUCGCGAUCGUCAUUUGAACACAAAUACAGAAACUCGCGAGGUUGUUCCUGACCUAACGCCCGUUUCGCCCAUAUACUCUGAUAAUGAAGGUACGUCUCAAUCGGAAGCUACUAUUAACACUUCUUGGGACAUGCAACCACCGCCACAGAAAACGCUACCACCGGACCAACUCAAGUUCCUUAAAUUUGCUGAAACACACAGAACUGUUCUAAACCAGAUUCUUCGCCAAACUACUACACAUUUAGCGGAUGGUCCAUUCUCGGUAUUAGUGGAUCAUACGAGAGUCCUUGAUUUCGAUGUGAAAAGACGGUACUUCCGAACAGAACUGGAACGAAUGGAUGCAGGUAUUCGUAGGGAAGAAUUAGCUGUACAUGUUCGCAGAAAUAAUGUCUUCGAGGACUCCUUCCGAGAGCUUCACAGGCGAAACGCUGAUGAGUGGAAAAACCGCUUUUAUAUUGUCUUUGAAGGCGAAGAGGGUCAAGACGCUGGAGGAUUGCUUCGAGAGUGGUAUGUCAUUAUUUCCAGGGAAAUUUUCAAUCCCAUGUACGCUUUGUUCACUGUGAGUCCUGGCGAUCGGGUUACAUACAUGAUAAAUUCCUCAUCACAUUGCAAUCCUAAUCACUUGUGUUAUUAUAAAUUCGUCGGUCGAGUUAUAGCUAAGGCAAUUUACGAUAACAAAUUGUUGGAAUGUUACUUUACACGUAGUUUCUAUAAACACAUUUUGGGAAUACUAGUGAAACACACAGACAUGGAAAGUGAGGAUUACAGUUUCUACAAAGGACUCGUAUACCUCACAGAACAUAACAUUGCUGAUCUUGGAUACGAAUUAACCUUUUCCACCGAGGUAAAUGAAUUCGGUGUGAAUGAUGUACGCGAUUUAAUACCAAACGGACGUAACAUCGUUGUUACUGAAGAAACGAAAUUAGAGUACAUUCGGCUCGUGUGUCAAAUGAAAAUGACUGGAGCAAUUCGUAAACAGUUGAACGCGUUCUUAGAAGGUUUUUACGACGUUAUUCCGAAGCGACUGAUCUCUAUAUUCAAUGAACAAGAACUUGAGUUGUUAAUUAGUGGUUUACCCAAUGUAGAUAUUGAGGAUCUUAAAGCUAACACUGAAUAUCACAAAUAUAAUGCAAAUUCUUUACAAAUUCAAUGGUUUUGGCGAGCACUAAGGGGUUUCGAUCAGGCAGAUAGAGCUAAAUUCUUGCAGUUCGUCACCGGAACUUCGAAAGUGCCGUUACAAGGUUUUGCUGCUUUAGAGGGAAUGAAUGGUAUACAAAAGUUUCAAAUUCAUCGUGAGGAUAGAUCGACAGAUAGGCUUCCAUCAGCGCAUACAUGUUUCAAUCAACUGGAUCUACCCGUUUACGAAACGUACGAUAAGCUUCGUACGAAUUUAUUGAAAGCGAUUCAUGAAUGCAGCGAAGGAUUCGGUUUCGCCUAAAUUUCUGCAAAGUUGAGCAAAUCUUGUAUGAUUUUGCAUGAAAACUCAUCGAGCGAAGAGACAAGAACAAGGGAUAAUAAAACAGCUGAACGAAGAACAAACAGAGGAAAUUAUAGCAUUGAUAAACCGAUUGUAAAAGUAUCGAUUAAUCUUCGCUCAAGAUCUAGUAUAUAAAUUUUUACUCCGCUAUAUACAUAUUAAAAACUAAAGGCGUAUGUAUAUACGUAAAAUUAACGAUGUAAUUAACGAUGAUUCGUCGCUAGAGUUUAUUUUGUUGAACGAUCUUUAAAAAAAAAAUGAUUAAAAAAAGAUGGAGAGACGCAGAGCUUAACGAUAAUUCCCGAUGGAAGGAAGACUUAAAAAAAAAUCGGACACUUUAGUUAAGGAUCUUAACGGUUAAGAGAUAACAGAUAAGGAUUCAAUGUAAUUCAUCGUUAAAAAAAAAAAAAGAGAGAAUGCAGCGGGCUAAAAAUAAAUGUAAUAUAAAUGCGACUCGAAGCCGCUCUCCUCUUGGACAGAUUCAAAUAGGAGGAAGAAAAAGGAUAAAAAGAAACGAAUUGUUCCCGUGACGAGAGAAGGCGAAAAGCGAUGGAGAAGUGUGCCUGUAUUCCGUGUACGUGUUUAUUUCCUUAUAUUAUGCGUGGAAAAAAGCUGCCAGAAACAUAGAAUACAUGGAUCUGUACGUAAGAAAAAAGAAAAAAAAGAAGAAAUGUGGUGUUGUAUGUAAGCGCGAAUGCGUAUGUAUGUAUAUGAGCGAAUGAGAAAAACAGAGUAAUCCAGAAACCGAUUAGAUACGAGCCUAAAUACGAGAAAAAAAAAACAUUUCACGAUGUUAUAUCCUUAACGCCC